GCCGCUCCCGCCGCCAUUUUGGGUUCGCUUUGCGGAGGGGCAGUCGAUCCCCGUUUGGGUUGCGGGACCGCCUCCCCUCGGUGGCCGCUGCCCAGCCGCACGCCUUGCCCUUCUCCUCGCUCGCGGUUCCGCCCGUCCGCGCCCCCGCGGGCCGCCUCCUGACAAGCGGCAGGGAGCCGCCGCCGACCCGGGGCCGCCGAGGAGCCUGCUUGGCGGCCGCCCCCCUUCCCCACUUCCCUGCACUCUCCUCUCGCUCGGCCUCGGCCUCUGACACGAGAAAGAGAUGCUGGAUGCAAGUUUUGGAGAUCCCUGUUUUUUAUGGAACGCAGUUCUGUAAAAUCUUCAUAAGCUUCUUCGGCAAGAACAGACACUUGUGAUGGACCCUAGAAACACUGCUAUGUUAGGAUUGGGUUCUGACUCCGAAGGGUUUGCAAGGAAGAGUCCCUCUGCCGUCGGCACUGGCCCGGCGGUGAGCACGAGAGAGGCGGAGCUAGAGAGCACUGCGCGAGGCGGGGAGGACCUUCGCGAGUGGACCCGGGGAAGAGGCGGCGAGGCCGGCCCGGAGGACGGUUUGAGCGGCGCACAGCCGCAGUUUUCAGUGAAAGAAACAAACUUUUCAGAGGGAAACUUAAAAUUGAAGAUUGGCCUUCAGGCUAAGAGAACUAAAAAACCUCCAAAGAACUUGGAGAACUAUGUAUGUCGACCUGCCGUAAAAACAACGAUCAGGCACCCGAGGAAAGCACUGAAGAGCGGGAAGAUGACGGACGAGAAGAGCGAGCACUGUCCUUCCAAACGGGACCCUUCCAAGUUGUACAAGAAAACAGGUGAUGUCGCAGCCGUUGAAUGCCAGUCUGAAGAGAGCGUGCAUCUUCAUUCGCAGGGAGCCCACAGUCCUCUGUCCAAGAAGCUUUCUCCGGUGCACUCAGAAAUGACAGAUUACAUUAACGCGGCAUCCUCGACUCUGGUUGGUAGCCGGGAUCCUGAUUUAAAGGACAGAGCAUUACUUAAUGGAGGAACGAGUGUAACAGAGAAGUUGGCACAGCUCAUUGCAACUUGUCCUCCCUCUAAGUCUUCCAAGGCUAAACCGAAGAAGUUAGGAACUGGCACUGCUUCGGGCUUGGUUAGCAAGGAUUUGAUCAGGAAAGCAGGUGUUGGCUCUGUAGCGGGAAUAAUACAUAAGGACUUAAUAAAAAAACCAGCUAUCAGCACAGCAGUUGGAUUGGUAACUAAAGAUCCUGGAAAAAAGCCGGUGUUUAAUGCAACAGUAGGAUUGGUCAACAAGGACUCCGUGAGAAAACUCGGAGCUGGCAGUGCAGCCGUAUUCAUUAAUAAAGACUUGGGCCGGAAGCCAGGGACCGUCACUACAGUAGGGCUGCUGAGCAAGGAUUCAGGAAAGAAGCUAGGAAUUGGUAUUGUUCCAGGUUUAGUGAAUAAGGAAUCUGGAAAGAAAUUAGGACUCGGCACUGUGGUCGGACUGGUUAAUAAAGACUUGGGCAAGAAGUUAAGUUCCACCGUCGGCCUGGUGGCCAAGGACUGUGCGAAGAAGAUCGUAGCCAGUUCCGCAAUGGGAUUAGUGACUAAGGACAUGGGAAAGAAACUAGUGAGUUGUUCUAUGGCGGGACUGGUCAGUCCAGACGCCAUAAACCUUAAGGCCGAAGCACUGCUCCCCACUCAGGAGCCACUUAAGGCUUCUUGUAGUACAAACGUCAGUAGUCAUGAAAGCCAGGGAAUUCCGGAAUCCCUGAAAGAUAGUACCACCAGCAAAACUUUUGAGAAGAAUGUCAUACGGCAGAGUAAAGAAAGCAUAUUGGAGAAGUUCUCAGUUCGAAAAGAAAUCAUUAAUUUGGAGAAGGAAAUGUUUAAUGAGGGAACAUGCAUUCAGCAGGACAGUUUCUCAGCCAGUGACCGGGGGCCAUAUGAAACCUCGAAGCACGAAAAGCAAGCUCCCGUGUACUGCACUUCUCCGGACUUCCAGACGGGAGCUGCUUCUGACGUGUCCACAGCAAAGUCCCCUUUCAGUGCGGCAGGGGAGGGCAGCCUCCCUUCCCCGUCACCUACUGCAUCGGGUAACCCCUUAACCAGAAGUCCCCCUGAAAUGUCUUCACAAUUGGCCCCUCAUCCGUUGCUUCUGAGUCCUCCCACGGACUUGCUGGAGGACAUCUCCGGAUCUGCUGGCAAGAAGCAGUUUCCUGCAGAAAGUGCCCACCUGAACGUCGGUCACAGGUCUGCGGGUCACAGCGUGAACAUGGAAUGUAAAGGAAUCGAUAAAGAGCUAGCUGAUUCAAAAGCCACACACAUAGAUAUUCCAAGAAUAAGCUCUUCCCUGGGAAAAAAGCCACCUUUGACUUCUGAGUCCAGUAUUCACGCGAUCACGCCCUCCGUGGUUAACUUCACUAGUCUGUUCAGUAACAAGCCCUUUCUGAAACUCGGGGCGGUAAGUGCGUCUGACAAACACUGCCCGGUUGCUGAAAGCCUGAGCCCCAGCUUGCAGUCCAAACCGUUAAAGAAAAGGAAAGGGAGAAAACCCCGGUGGACUAAAGUGGUGGCAAGAAGCACAUGCCGGUCUCCAAAAGGGCUAGAAUUAGAAAGAUCGGAGCUUUUCAAAAACGUUUCGUGCGGCUCACUAUCAGGCGGUACUGCCGAGCCAGCCAAGUUCAUGAAAAACAUCGGCCCGUCUUCAUUUGUUGACCAUGACUUCCUUAAACGCCGGUUGCCAAAGUUGAGCAAGUCCGCAGCGCCAUCUCUCGCUCUCUUAGCUGAGAGUGAAAAGACAUCGCCCAAGGCUUUCGCUGCUCACAAGCUGCCCUCCAGCAUGUGCGUCUCUAGUGACCUCCUGUCUGGUAUCUAUAAGCCCAAAAGAGGGCGACCUAAAGCGAAGGAGAUGCCGCAGCUGGAAGGCCCGCCUAAGAGGACUUUGAAAAUCCCUGCCUCCAAAGUUCUCUCUCUGCAGUCUAAGGAGGAACAGGAACCCCCAAUUUUGCAGCCCGAAAUUGAAAUUCCUUCCUUCAAACAAAGUCUUUCUGUGUCUCCUUUUCCGAAAAAACGAGGCCGACCUAAGAGGCAGAUGAGGUCACCGGUCAAGAUGAAGCCACCUGUUCUCUCCGUGGCCCCGUUCGUUGCCACUGAGAGUCCGAGCAAGCUGGAGUCGGAGAGUGACAACCAUCGAAGCGGCAGUGAUUUCUUUGAGAGUGAGGACCAGCUUCAGGACCCGGACGAUCUGGACGACAGUCACAGGCCCACCGUCUGCAGCAUGAGUGACCUUGAGAUGGAGCCGGAUAAAAAAAUUACCAAGAGAAACAAUGGACAGUUCAUGAAGACAAUUAUCCGCAAAAUCAAUAAAAUGAAGACUUUGAAGAGGAAGAAGCUGUUGAAUCAGAUCCUGUCAAGCUCCGUAGAAUCCAGUAAUAAGGGGAAGGUGCAAUCCAAGCUCCAUAACACAGUGUCGAGUCUCGCCGCCACCUUCGGCUCUAAGCUGGGCCAGCAGAUAAAUGUCAGCAAGAAAGGAACCAUUUACAUAGGGAAGAGAAGGGGUCGGAAACCCAAAACUGUCUUAAAUGGCAUCCUUUCCGGCAGCCCCAGCAGCCUUGCGGUCCUUGAGCAAACCGCGCAGCAGGCGGCCGGUUCCGCGCUGGGACAGAUUCUACCCCCUCUGCUGCCUUCGUCCGCCAGCGGUUCGGAGACCCUGCCGUCGCCCGUCUGCUCUCAGUCUUCCGGGACCAGCGGAGGCCAGAGCCCCGUGAGCAGCGACGCAGGCUUCGUGGAGCCCAGCUCAGCGCCGUACUUGCAUUUACACUCCAGCCGGGGCAGCGUGAUUCAGACUCUGGCCAUGAAGAAGGCCACCAAGGGGAGGAGGCGACUCUCUCCCCCGACUCUGUUGCCAAAUUCUCCCUCGCACUUGAGUGAGCUCACCUCUCUGAAGGAAGCAACUCCUUCACCCAUCAGUGAGUCUCACAGCGAUGAGACCAUCCCCAGCGACAGUGGCAUUGGGACAGAUAAUAACAGCACGUCAGACAGAGCGGAGAAGUUCUGUGGGCAGAAGAAGAGGAGGCAUUCUUUUGAACACGUGUCUCUGAUUCCCCCUGAAACCACCACAGUCCUGAGCAGCCUGAAAGAAAAACACAAGCAUAAGUGCAAGCGCCGGACCCACGAUUACCUCAGCUACGACAAGAUGAAAAGGCAGAAGCGAAAACGGAAAAAGAAAUACCCCCAGCUCCGAAGCAGACAGGACCCAGACUUCAUCGCGGACCUGGAGGAGCUGAUAAGUCGCCUGAGCGAGAUUCGAAUCACCCACCGAAGCCACCACUUCAUCCCGCGAGACCUGCUGCCCACUAUUUUUCGAAUCAAUUUUAACAGUUUCUAUGCGCACCCCUCCUUCCCCUUAGACCCUUUGCACUACAUUCGGAAACCUGAUCUGAAAAAGAAGAGAGGGAGGCCUCCUAAGAUGAGGGAGGCAAUGGCUGAGAUGCCCUUCAUGCACAGCCUUAGUUUUCCUCUUUCCAGUACCGGGUUCUACCCCUCCUAUGGCAUGCCUUAUUCCCCCUCACCCCUGGCGGCCACCCCCCUGGGGCUGGGCUACUACGGAAGGUACCCGCCCGCGCUCUAUCCUCCUCCUCCUUCUCCUUCUUUCACGCCCCCCCUUCCGCCCCCUUCCUACAUGCAUGCUGGUCAUCUACUGCUCAAUCCCACCAAAUACCAUAAGAAAAAACACAAGCUGCUUCGACAGGAGGCCUUCCUCACAACCAGCAGGACUCCCCUCCUUUCCAUGAGCACCUACCCCAGUGUCCCUCCCGAGAUGGCCUACGGGUGGAUGGUCGAGCACAAGCACAGGCACCGUCACAAGCACAGGGAACACCGCUCUUCCGAGCAGCCCCAGGUUUCCAUGGACGCGGGCUCUUCCAGGUCUGUUUUGGAGUCUUUGAAGCGCUAUCGAUUUGGAAAGGAAACUGUUGGAGAGCGAUACAAACACAAGGAAAAGCACCGAUGUCAUAUGUCCUGCCCUCAUCUCUCUCCUUCCAAAAGCUUAAUAAAUAGAGAAGAGCAGUGGGUUCACCGAGAGCCUUCAGAUUCUAGCCCACUGGCCCUGGGACUCCAGACGCCUUUACAGAUUGACUGUUCGGAAAGUUCUCCAAGUUUAUCCCUUGGAGGAUUCACUCCCAACUCUGAUCCGGCCAGCAGUGAUGAACAUACGAACCUUUUCACAAGUGCAAUAGUGCAAGGCAGCUGCAGAGUUUCGAACCCUAACUCCAGCGGCCGGAAGAAAGUAACGGACAGCCCUGGACUGUUUUCCGCACAGGACACUUCGCUAGCUCGGCCUCACAGGAAGGAGCCACUGCCUUCCGGCGAAAGGGCAGUGCAGACCAUGACAGGUUCCCAGCCGACGUCAGAGAAGUCUUGUCAGCGAGCGUCCGAGAGCACAAACUGCAGCCCUGCCCGAAAGUGGUCGUCGUCUGAGAGUACUUCGACAGUAAACGGAGUUCCCUCUCGAAGUCCAAGACUGCUUGCUUCUGGGGACGACUCUGUGGGGAGUCUGCUGCAGCGGGUGGUCCAGCACGAGGACCAGGAGCCCCUGGAGAAGAACAUCGAUGCCGGGAUCGCGUCUGCCUCAGGGCCCCCUUCCUCCAGCCCAGGACACAGCCACAGCAAGGAGCGGGCCCUGGGGAAGCCAGACAGCCUUCUGGUGCCCGUGGCCCCCAGUGACACUUGCGGUGGCAGCAUCUCUCUCCUGUCGGAGAAGCCACAGAGCAGCUGCUCGCCCCACCACAUCAAGAGGAGUGUCGUGGAAGCCAUGCAGCGCCAAGCUCGGAAAAUGUGCAAUUAUGACAAAAUCUUGGCCACGAAGAAAAACCUGGACCAUGUCAAUAAAAUAUUAAAAGCCAAAAAACUUCAAAGACAGGCCAGGACAGGGAAUAACUUUGUGAAGCGCAGACCGGGGCGACCUCGGAAAUGCCCCCUCCAGGCGGUGGUGUCCAUGCAAGCGUUCCAGGCCGCCCGGUUUGUCAGCCCCCACUCGACCGAGGGCGAGGAGAGCGCGGCCCUGCCGCUCCGCGGCGACACGGUCACGGACGCCAUUGAGGCUGUGGUGCAGAGCGUCACCCUGAGUCCAGAACACAAGAAGGGGCUGAAGCGGAAGAGCUGGCUGUUGGAGGAGCAGGCCAAGAAGAAGCAGAAGCCGUUCCCAGAGGACGAGCAGGAGCGCUGCAUGAGCUUUACCGCAGCGGCAGUUGUGGCCCCCAGUCCUCCUGAGACCCCAGCCGAGCCUCCUGAACCUGAAAAUGCCCUGCGGCCCGUGCGCUGUCUCCUGCCAAGGGAGAAGAAGGCCCCACGUCCCCCAAAGAAGAAGUAUCAGAAAGCAGGGCUGUAUUCUGACGUUUACAAAACUGCAGACCCAAAGAGCCGGUUGAUCCAAUUAAAGAAAGAGAAGCUGGAAUACUGUCCUGGAGAGCACGAGUACGGACUGUUCCCAGCCCCCAUUCAUGUCGGAAAGUAUCUGAGGCAAAAGAGAAUUGACUUCCAGCUCCCCUAUGACAUCCUUUGGCAGUGGAAGCACAAUCAGCUGUACAAAAAGCCAGAUGUCCCACUAUAUAAAAAAAUCCGUUCAAAUGUCUACGUUGAUGUCAAGCCCCUUUCUGGUUACGAGGCCACCACCUGUAACUGUAAGAAGCCAGAGGAUGACACCGGGAAGGGCUGUGUGGACGACUGCCUCAAUAGAAUGAUCUUUGCCGAGUGUUCCCCCAACACUUGCCCCUGUGGUGAGCAGUGCUGUAACCAGAGGAUACAGAGGCAUGAGUGGGUGCAGUGUCUAGAACGAUUUCGAGCUGAGGAAAAAGGUUGGGGAAUAAGAACCAAAGAACCCCUGAAAGCCGGGCAGUUCAUCAUCGAAUACCUGGGGGAGGUUGUCAGCGAGCAGGAGUUCAGGAACAGGAUGAUCGAGCAGUAUCAUAAUCACAGUGACCACUACUGCCUGAACCUGGAUAGUGGGAUGGUGAUCGACAGUUACCGGAUGGGGAACGAGGCCCGAUUCAUCAACCACAGCUGCAACCCAAACUGUGAAAUGCAGAAAUGGUCUGUCAAUGGAGUAUACCGGAUUGGACUGUAUGCUCUGAAGGACAUGCCAGCUGGUACCGAGCUCACUUACGAUUACAACUUCCAUUCCUUUAAUGUGGAAAAACAGCAACUGUGUAAGUGUGGCUUCGAGAAAUGUCGAGGAAUCAUCGGGGGCAAGAGUCAGCGCGUGAACGGACUCACCAGCAGUAAAAGCAGCCAGCCCGUGGCUACGCAUAAGAAGUCCGGACGGUCGAAAGAGAAGAGGAAGUCGAAGCACAAGCUGAAGAAGAGGAGAGGCCACCUCUCCGAAGAACCCAGUGAAAACAUGAACACCCCAACGAGAUUGGCCCCCCAGAUACAGAUGAAGCCGAUGUCUAAUCGAGAGAGGAACUUUGUGUUAAAGCAUCAUGUAUUCUUGGUCCGAAACUGGGAGAAGAUUCGGCAGAAACAAGAGGAAGUCAAGCACACCAGCGACAACCUCCACUCUGCGUCGCUCUACAGCCGCUGGAACGGCAUCUGCCGAGAUGACGGGAACAUCAAGUCGGAUGUCUUCAUGACCCAGUUCUCGGCCCUGCAGACGGCACGGUCGGUUCGCACAAGGCGGCUGGCAGCAGCGGAGGAAAACCUUGAGGUGGCGCGGGCAGCCCGCCUCGCCCAAAUCUUCAAAGAGAUCUGUGAUGGCAUCAUCUCCUACAAAGAUUCUUCCCGACAAGCUCUGGCCGCCCCCCUCUUGAACCUCCCCCCAAAGAAAAAGAACGCGGAUUACUAUGAGAAGAUCCCCGAGCCGCUGGACCUGGCCACCAUCGAGCGGCAGAUCCUCACCGGCCAUUACAAGACCGUGGAGGCCUUUGAUGCUGACAUGCUCAAGGUGUUCCGGAACGCUGAGAAGUACUACGGGCGCAAGUCGCCCAUCGGGAGGGACGUGUGCCGCCUGCGGAAGACCUACUACAACGCCCGGCACGAGGCGUCGGCGCAGAUCGACGAGAUCGUGGGGGAGACGGCGAGCGAGGCCGACAGCAGCGAGACGUCGGUGUCCGAGAAGGAGAACGCGCACGAGAAGGACGACGACGUGAUCCGCUGUGUGUGCGGCCUGCACAAGGACGAAGGCCUCAUGAUCCAGUGCGACAAGUGCAUGGUGUGGCAACACUGUGACUGCAUGGGGCUGGACUCGGACGUGGAGCACUACCUUUGCGAGCAGUGUGACCCGAGGCCUGUGGACAGAGAGGUACCCAUGAUUCCUCGGCCCCACUAUGCCCAGCCCGGCUGUGUCUACUUCAUCUGUUUGCUCCGAGAUGACUUGCUGCUUCGUCAAGGCGACUGCGUGUACCUGAUGCGGGACAGCCGGCGCACACCUGACGGCCACCCAGUCCGCCAGUCCUACCGACUGUUGUCGCACAUUAACCGAGACAAACUAGACAUCUUCCGCAUUGAAAAGCUUUGGAAGAAUGAAAAAGAGGAACGGUUUGCCUUUGGUCACCACUACUUCCGCCCCCACGAGACCCACCACUCUCCAUCCCGCCGCUUCUAUCACAACGAGCUGUUCCGGGUGCCACUCUACGAGAUCAUUCCUUUGGAGGCUGUGGUGGGGACCUGCUGUGUCCUGGACCUUUAUACUUACUGUAAAGGGAGACCCAAAGGAGUGAAGGAGCAAGACGUGUACAUCUGUGACUACCGCCUCGACAAGUCCGCGCACCUGUUCUACAAGAUCCACCGGAACCGCUACCCUGUCUGCACCAAACCCUAUGCCUUCGACCACUUCCCCAAGAAGCUCACUCCCAAAAGAGAUUUCUCCCCUCAUUAUGUCCCAGACAACUACAAGAGGAACGGAGGGCGGUCGUCCUGGAAGUCCGAGCGCCCAAAGCCCCCCCUGAAAGACCUGGGCCAGGAGGAUGACGCUCUGCCCUUGAUUGAAGAGGUUCUGGCCAGCCAGGAGCAAGCCGCCAACGAGAUGCCCGGCCUGGAGGAGCCAGAGCGGGAGGGGGCCGCUGCGGAAAUCAGCGAGGGGGCCAAGAAGCCAGAGGAGAGUGGGCAGGACCCCCAGCCGGCGUGUACCCCUGAGGAGCGAAGGCACAGCCAGCGGGAACGCCUCAACCAGAUCUUACUCGGUCUCCUUGAAAAAAUCCCUGGGAAAAAUGCCAUCGACGUGACCUACCUGCUGGAGGAGGGCUCGGGCCGGAAGCUGCGGAGACGCACUUUGUUCAUCCCGGAAAACAGCUUUCGGAAGUGAGCGGCGCAGCGGCUCGAGCGUCCGCCGUCGCUGGAGCGCGCGGUCCUGCCUCGGCCUCGGAGCGCGGGCGGGGCGGGCGGGGCCGUGUCGCCCGCAUUAGGUACUUCACACACCGUGGAGCCAGCGCAGAGGAAGGGGUCUGUCUCAACAGCGCGCUCGGCCUCGGGCUCCUCUCCACCGCCUCCCGCAGCGGGUUCGUGACGGGAGGAGGACCGGGCACACGGGGGUGGCGGGAGCCUCGUGGAACUUGAUAACACUCGCCCCUGCCCCCAGGCUGGGUCUUUCUGUGUCACCUCCGAUCCCCCGGGCCCUGCGGCGGAGCUGCUUCCUCCGCCCAGGGGUCCCGCCCCGUCCAGCGGGAGGGGACCCCCCACCCCACCCCACCCCACCCCCGCCUCUUCUCUGCGGGCUCCAAGAGCUACCCCCAGAGACCUCAGACGGAAGCGGCAGCUGGGGCCUCUUUCCAGACAGAUCCUCGCCGGGGAGAGUUUCUCCUUUCUUGCCCAGUCAGGUCAGAGUAAAACGCGAACUGCCGAGUCCAAGCACUUGCACCCUCCGCCCUUCUCCCUGCCUCUCCCCCCGGAAUGUAAUCGUGGGUCAGGGAAGGCCCCCAUGGGGUCAGAGGGCACAGGACUUGCAGUCGUGUUUUUGUUUUAACCUUCAUAACCUGCCAGACCUGGUUUUUUCUCAUAAGAAGGCCAGGCCCCUGGGGUACCGGCCGCGGCCACGCCCGUGCUGUGGCCGCGUGUGUCUGCCGGGCCCCAGGGACGGAGACGCGUCUCAGAACAGACUCACUGUAGAGCCUCCGUAGAAGCGACCCCCAGCCUCCCCCGAGUCACUACACAGACCGCCGGUCAGAGUGUCUGUCGUGAGUGUGCAGCAUCAGCUCAGAACACUACUCUCGUUUUCUCCGUUACACGGUUUUCAGUGUCCCGCUCUUAGAGACAGGGCUCGCCCCCCACGUCCCAUGUCCUCCACCCCCUGGUGACGGCAGCAGGAGGGACAUCAUGAUGUCUCCUUCCUUCCCCUUCUCUUGGCCAGAAGUUACCAGACAAUACUGUCUCUUUAAAAAUAAAAUUUAAAAAGCUUU